UCUCCGCGCACACACGCACACUGUGCUCUCGUACCUCGCGCUCUCUCUCCGCUCCGCGCGUCUCUCCUCCACAAAGGCUCCGCAGACAGGGACUUUCCCGCGGCUCUGGACUGCCUCUCACUCUGCUACUCGGACUGAGGACUGACCCACAGCGGACAUGUCGGGGACAGAGAGCUCGCUGCAGCUGUCGGACUACCAGCUCCGCACUCUGGAGGAGAACUUCACCAAAGUGAGCAAACACCCAGACGAGACCACGCUGAUGCUGAUCGCAGCUGAGUGCGGACUGUCCCAAGAGGAGACGCAGAAAUGGUUUGAGCUGCGUAAUGCCAAAUGGAGGCAGGCAGAGGGACUGCCUCCCCAACUUGGCUCAGUGCUGGACUGACCCCAGACCCUCUAGACCUCCAGGACCCCCAAACCCUCCAGACCCUCCAGACCCUCCAGACCCUCCAGACCCUCCCGGACCUCCAGGGCCCUGCAGAACCUCCAGAAUCCUCCAGGAUGCUCUAGAUGGCCUGGACCCAGCAGAAGUCUAGACUAGGUUGGUGCUGGGUGCAGGCCUCUGUGCAGGCCCGUCUCCAGUGCUUCAUCUCUCUUGUACAGACUCUUCUUCUGUUAUUAUUAUAUUAUGUUGGUGUCCUUGAAUAUUGAAGAUGUAAAAUGUGAAGAUGUUGUAUUUUUGUCAUGAGGAGAAAUAGUUUACAUAAUAAAAGACAUAUGAUACA